AUGAGUGCAAGUAUUCUGCACGAUACAACUAAGGUAGGUCAUGAGGUUAAUUCCAUCCCCACUCACUUCCAACUCUUCCCAGAGUUUCAACCUGAGAUCGACAUGACCAUAGGGCGGGUAUAUUGCAAUCUGUAUAAAAUCACCAUCCGGCUAAUCAACCUCCCCCCCUCAACAGCACUCCGUCCGCCCGUUUGGACAAACAGGGGUUCGAGACAUUGCCUCACCACCAUCACUUAUCGCGAUAACUCACAUGCCCGAAUCGGACACCUCGUACGGCUAAUCUACAUUGCAGCUUCCGGAUACUGA